CUGAGCGCCACCCACUGGAGCGUCUCCUCAGCCACAACUAACCAGCCAUGAGCCACAUGCUCCACGCACGCCGCCACGUUGUCCUGCGCAACCGCCACAAAGCGCUGGUGACAUCAACUCGACUGCAACCAAGGCGUAUUCUGCCUGACCUGACGAUGCCAAUCAUUGCGCCACGGCCUUAACAAGCUGACCCUUCACUGUUCUUCACACCCCAGAGUCACCGGGCUUGCACCCGAACUUAACCUGAUCAAUGGAAUCUGGUUAGCCAAAUCCGAUGACCCCUCCUCAAGCCGUUCGCCAUCGAUCGAAUGUCCUGACCUGGCUCGAUAAGCGCUCUCGACAACUUGCCCCGAUCCACCAUCAAUCUGUCGCAUCCCCAGUGAGCAGAUGUACCUCUUCAUCCACUCGAUCUCCUCCGGGAAGGAUCCCCAAUUGUGCAAGCCGAGCGAGCCGGCCGAGCCCCGUGAACCCUAAAGGUCCGAGAUGGCCGGCGGGGAUCCAUGCUGGAAGGAAUCCGACACCGGCCGCUUCUGGUCCCGUCGUCGCUCGUGAGUCCGCACACGCGCCGGUGUCUCUCCUCCCAUAAGUGCGGCAGUUUUUCUGAUUUUGCAAUCUGAUCUACGUACACUUUGGCAUUGCCGGUUGUUUCUAUUCUGGCAUUCAAAGCCACUCU